AUGGGUGGAAUAGGUCUAGACCGGUUGGAACCGGUUGAAGCCGGUCUAGAUCAGUUGAAACCAGUUGAUGCCGCUUUGAACCGAUCUAGACCGGUUGGAACCGUUCCAGACAGGUUUGAACUAGUUGAAGCCAGUUUCAGCCGGUCUAGACUGGUUGGAAGCGGUCUAGACCGGUUGGAACCGGUUGAAGCCGGUUUGAACCGGUCCAAGCUGGUUGGAACUGGUCCGGAACGGUUGGAACCAGUCCACACCAGUUGCAUCCGGUUGAAGCCGGUUGGAACUGGUCCACGCUGGUUGGAACUGUCUAGACUGGUUGGAACCGGCUGA